AAAUAGUUGCUUUAAAGGAAGUAAAAAAAUGAUUUGACUCAAGAUACCAAAUGACUCAAGUGCAUCCAGAUUUGAAUGAUGCAAAAACUUGUUCAAAAGAUUUAUUUGAUAAAAUUGACAGAAACGAAAGUUGCAUUAAUUUGCCUAAGUCGUGGAAUAAAAUAAAUAUUGUUUGGCGUAGUCAACGAGGAAUUGUAUUUCUUGAUCGCAUUGGAAUAAAAGGUGAAAACGGCCGUAUUGACUCGGUCUCCACAAAGGAAGUAACCAUUGAUGAAGAAAUGACACUUUUAAUAAAAAUCCAUGGUAAAGUGUUGAAUCAUACUGACCUUAAUAUUGAAAACGAAGAAAUUCAUUCAACAGAAGAAUUAGAAGCAAUAAUUCAAGUUAUUCAUGAUCUUUGAAUAUGACAUUGUCCUGAUAUUAAAAUAAAUAAAAGCGAUGCCAGUGAUCUAAAUACUAUAUUGCUUAUAGAGAUUUUAUGGAUGUUGUGCGCAAAAAGACUGUUAAUUUUAAAAAAGGACCAAGAAAGAAGUCAGUGUAACUAGUUAAGUAACGAUUAAACAUGAAACCUAUUCAACUUCGUACCAUUUGUUAAAUUUUUCAAAAACAAUUUUUUUCUAUUGAUCCCAUUAAAUGUCUAUAAUAUAUCAUAUGGGAAUAGAAACUAGAAAAGUGAAGCUUUAUCUUAUUUAUUUAUUUAUUUAUUCAUAAACGGGCAAAGUUUUUAGCAGAGCCCAGUCGUACAAAGUACUAAGAGUGUUACAAAAGAAAAUACAUUAAAUAGCCGCAUUGCCAACAUUAUCGUUACUAUUAUUGUGAUAAUACAAUUUUCUGCGCAACUGUGUAAGAAAGGAACUUAGUUGAACGCCAUAGAAAUCUAAAUCGUGACAGAAGUUAUUCGCCUCGCGACUUAAUUUAUGAACUACCGAAUUAUCUACAUAAUUGGUUCUGGCUAAUUUUAAUUUAAAUAAUGGAGCAUUUCUUGGUAAGCGUGAAGGUAUAUAAAAAUUAAAAAGACCUAAAAGGUCAGAACAAUUAACAAAACCAUUAAUGAUUUUUUUUUUUUUUUUUUUUUUUUAAUAUAAUUUUGAUAAAAAUUGACAGAGGGUGUUUUGAGUAAGAGUUUAACAUUUCAA